AUGGUCGUGGAACUAUGCCUGCAUUAUAAUUGCACGGUAGAGAUUGAACUGGGCGCCGAAUCAGAAUGGGGACAAGUAUAUCCGAAUGGUAGUUCUGAUGGUCUCAUCGGAAACCUCAUACAUCGCCGUGCAGAAGUAGCUAUGGCAGCAAUCUUUCGAUGUCUAUGGCUGGUGGUCGCCAUUUCAUUCUGCGUUGGAACUAUAGCAGUGUACAUAACAGAAAGGCAACGACAGCUACUUAUUGAAUCUGCCGGCUCUGAACAACGAUAUCGGUUGAGCGAUGCGUUCUUCUUCAUGGCAGGUUUGUACGUGGAGCAAUCUGUGCCUUUACAUAAUGACUUCCUGGCGAUCGCGAUACUGUUAGCAUUUCUCUUGUUUGGGGGAUUUAUGAUCAGCAACAGUUAUGCUGGCGCUUUGUCAUCCAUUAUGACCAUUCCCCGUUACGAAAAAGUCAUUGAGACAACGGCGGACGUUGCAUCGAGUGGACUUAAGCUGGUCGGUGGAACUAUUCUCUGGAUAGCUUCUCUCGAUAUGACCGAACAGCCGGUUCUCGUGUCAAUAAGGGACAAUUUUAGGGUGUACGAUGUGGAUACCUUGACACGGUUUGUGCACACUCGCCGUGAUUUAGGAUUUAUGCUCGAACGAAUGCAGUACGGCAGCUAUGCGUUGGAAUCUUUUAUCGAUACACCGCUUCUCUACGGAUAA